AUGGCUGACAAGUCAAUUAUUAAGGAAGAUGUUGCUGAGCUUAUGAGUAACCUUGAAAAGAAACUUGAAACAACUCUCUCAAACAAACUUAAAACAAGUGUCAAAACUAUUACAAAUAUUUUUGACAAGAAGCUUGGAAGAUUAUACGAUUUCGAGAAAAAGUUAGAGAUACAAGGAGAGUUUAUAGAAAAAUUAGGGAAACAUGAUGGUUUUGAUGACUCUGAAAUGCCUAGGUUAGACGAUUAUAAAGGAGAAGAAAAAAAAAACAAGACUGAAGAAAAAGAAUAUGAUGAAGCAAAAAAAAUUACAGGUUCUUUUGUUCAGAAUACUUCUAUUCCUGAUAAUGUUUCACAUCAGCUUCAACACAAAGAGACAUUGGAAGGAUUUAUUAACAAAAAAUCUAUAACUGUGAAUCUCAAUAGUGAUACAGAAGACAAAAACGAGGAAAUCCAAGCACAAAAGUGGAUAGACGAUAAAAGAUUAAAGUCUAGUAUCAAUCCUUAUGGAACUCUACCAAAAUAUAAAUUAAAGGAUGAUAUACCUAACUUUCACGGUGGAUUACAAAUUGAAGAAUUACUAGAUUGGUUUUAUGAAGUAGAAUCCUUCUUCAACUUCAUGGACGUCCCUGACUCUUCUAAAGUGAAAUUGGUAGCUUAUAAACUAAAAGGUGGAGCUGCAGCUUGGUGGGAAACACUAUGUGAAGGUCGAAGUAAGUAUCACAAAUCUUCUAUACGUACUUGGAAUAGAAUAAGAGGUUUAUUAAGAAAUAAGUUUUUACCAAGAGAUUAUAAACAACAAUUGUUUAUCAAACUUCAAAACUGCCGACAAGGACUUGUUGAAGAAUAUUUAGCUGAAUUUUACAGUUUAGUUGCACGUAAUCAAUUGAAUGAAACUGAAGAACAGUUAGUUUCACGAUUUAUAGAGGGGUUAAACAGAGUUGUUCAGCAAAGAAUGAAUCAAUCUGUAUUUACGAUGGUUGAGGCUAUUCAGCGAGCUAUCAAGAUAGAGAGGCGUGUACUUAACACUUCCAGACAAGCAUCCCCCACGACAAGUAAAAGGGGAUCAACAGUCGUUGUUGAUCCAUAUGAACAAAAUUAUGGUCGACCUUAUCAGCAUCCACAAUCGCAAACAUCUCUUCCUACAGACAAUGCACCGGUGAUGAAUAUUCCAUCUGUUAAACCGUGUCUGGGUACUCAACAAAGAGAUAUUACUCCAACUAAAAGAGGUAAAUAUCAACAAAAAUUUUCUCCUUUAACUAAAGAUCUUUAUCCUUAUUCAAAGUUUAGAGGAGACAAGUGUAAUAAGUGCAACCAAACUGGCCAUACUUCUAGUGAUUGCCGAAAGUUUCAUGCUUAUAUUAAUGAAACUGAAAAGGAAAAUCGAGAAGAGGAUGCACUGGAGGAUAAUGAAAUUAAUUAUUCACUUGAGCAUGAGUCUUAUGAUGCAGAUUUUCUUGGCGUAAUUCGACCAAUAUUACUCACAGAACCAUGUCUUACACAAAGACAUAGUAUUUUCAAGUCUCAUUGUUUCAUUGAAGAGAAGCUGUGUAGCAUGAUCAUUGACAGUGGGAGUACAGAAAAUUAUGUUUCUGCAAAUUUAAUUGAGAAACUUGAAUUACUUGUUACUGCUCUUCCAAAUCCAUACUCAGUUGGUUGGAUAAACAAUUCUUCAGCUCAGCAAAUCACUCAUCAGUGUUUAGUAAAGUUUUCUUUCCCUGGAUAUGAGGAUUAUGCCAUAUGUGAUGUUAUUAACAUGAAUGCAGCAAGCUUACUUUUGUGGCCUCUACAAUCUUCUACUUCAGUCAAGGAGCCAACAGAUAAGAAGACAACUGCCGUAGUUGCUACUAUUGUUCAUUAUUUAAAUCAUACUCAUUCUAUGAGAUCUCAUGAAGUUUCUAAACCUAUGGUGGAGAUUCCAAACAAGGUUGAUGAUUUGUUAAAAAAGGGUUUGAUUAGGCUAAGCAAAAGUCCUUGUGCUAGUGCAGCCUUUUUAGUAGACAAGAAAUAUGGUGGACAUCGUAGGUGUAUAGAUUAUAGAGCUUUAAAUAGAGUUACUAUACCAUAUAGGUUUUGUAUACCAAGAAUUGAUGACAUGAUUGCUAUGCUUUCUGGUGCUAAAGUCUUUACCAAGCUUGAUUUGUGUAGUGAGUAUCAUCAAAUACGUAUUCGUGAAGCUGAUGAGUGGAAAACAACAUUCAAGAUAAAAGAAGGAUUAUAUGAGUGCAACAAUGAGGAAGAACAUCUUACACAUUUAUCUCAAGUUUUUAAGGCACUCCAAGACAAUGUUUUGUAUGUGAACUUAAAGAAGUGCACAUUCUUUACAAAUAGAGUAGCUUUCUUGGGUUAUGUUGUGUCAGAUACUGCUGGUUUAACAGAUUGUUUGAAGCGUGAUACUUUUGAAUGGACUGAAGAAGCAGAUAAAAGCUUUAAUCUACUCAAGGAAAAGUUAUGUAGCGCUCAUGUUCUUUCCAUUCCAAAUUUUGAUAAACCUUUUGAGAUCCACUGUGAUGCUUCUAUUGUUGGUAUAGGUGAUGUAUUAUCUCAAGAAGGACAUCCAGUUGCAUACUACAGUGAAAAGAAUUCAGAUACAAGGAAGAAGUGGUCUACUUAUGAAUAG